CUCCCUAUAAAUAAACCCUUAAAUCAAAUUCCUUUCCGAAAAACAAACGAGCAAAAACAAACACACAUUUUCAAUUCACACUAACCGUCCGAUCACCAAAAUGUCAGGCGUUUGGGUAUUCCGAUCCAACGGUGUGAUGCGCCUCGUCGAAAACGCUCAGGCCGGCGGCGAUUACUCCUCCGACGGCCACCAUCACCACCACCACCACCACAACGGCGGCGGAAGAAAGAAGAUUCUGGUUCAUCUUCCUUCCGGCCAGCCGGUCACAUCCUACGGAUUUCUUCAGAAGAUUCUGGAAGGUCUAGGAUGGGAGAGAUAUUACGAAGGCGAUCCCGAUUUCUUCCAAUUUCAUAAGCGAUCUUCUAUUGAUCUCAUUUCGCUCCCAAUGGACUUCUCCAAAUUCAACUCCAUUUAUAUGUACGAUCUCGUCGUCAAGAACCCUAACGUUUUUCACGUCCGCGAGCCCUAAUUUCUUUUUAUUUUCAUUUUUUUUUAUUCUCUCUCUCUCUCUAAUAAUAAUCAUUUGUGAAAUCUUCAUUCUGUACGUAGAAUAUGCUCUCAUCUCUCUCUCUCUCUCUCGAGCUUUCUCUUCAUAGGAAUCAAAGUUAUUUAAUAAAUUCUAUCUUU